GGCUCUUCUAAGCAAUUGUUUGCUUCAUAUAUAUUUGAUACCGAAUCCAAUUGAUUCUGUAUUUCCCACUCAUUCGUUUUGCAGAGAGGCAUAUACAUUGGUCGAUUGUUCAUCGUUAAUGCCAUUUUCUUUAUGAAAUCCGAAGACUCACACAACAUGGAGUCACCCAAAACCCCCAUGAAGAUUGACAACCCAAAGACAGUGACUCGAAGUCCUGAACUCGCAGAACCUAUAGCAGAGCCUCGAGAAUGGAAUACGAAAAAUCUGCCAUAUAGAUUGGGUGUGGAUUUUGUGUCUGGUGCCACUGCUGCAACUAUGGUCGCGCCAAUUAUCACUAUCAUUGAUAAAGGUAUUAUGCAAAAUGCCUCGGGUCAAGCGACACUCAAAGAAUCUCUACGAUCAUCACUCAAGAGCUUUAUUCUUCGACCCCAUAAUCUCAUCUUCUCGAAACCGUUCGCCCUGAUAUGUAUGUUGUACGGAGGCACAUAUUUAACAGCCAAUACCCUCGAUACUGUUACAUCCACCAUACACAAUAAACCCGCAUCCACAGUCACAUCUGGAACCUCCAAAUUCGUUGCAAGUUCGACUGCAAACAUUGGGUUGUGCCUUUUCAAAGAUCAGACAUUUGCCCGUAUGUUUGGUCCUUCCGGUCCACCGAGACCUGUACCAUUCCCUUCAUAUAUACUCUUCACUGCUCGCGAUUGUCUUACCAUUUUCGCUUCAUUCAAUAUACCGCCAAUGCUUGGUCCGAUCAUCAACAAGAGUUUAUCUGAGGAAUUGCAAAAAUCCAUAAGCGGACAAACAAUUUCCCAAUUUUUGGCCCCAGCUUCCGUACAGCUUCUGAGUACGCCUAUGCAUUUGUUGGGCUUAGAUUUGUAUAACAGAGGUCAAGGUGUUUCUUGGGGAGACAGGUGGAGUAUUGUAAAGAAAAAUUGGGCUGUCAGUGCUGCGGCUCGGAUAUGUAGAAUUGUGCCUGCAUUUGGUGUUGGAGGGGUUGUCAAUAUGAAAGUUAGGAAAGGAUUAAUGGGUCGUUUAGAAUAAUCGGUUCGAAUUUGCAAACAUAGAGCGCAAUCGGGAUGUCCAUAUGAGUUGAGAGGGCCAUAAUGGGGAAUGUGACUCAUUGAAUGCACAUAUUGGGGACACAUUAUGGAUGGAUAUACAAGCUAUCAUGAAAUCAUGGAACUAGUACGAUGCAUUUGCAAGGCGUUAUGGUAUAUAGAUGGAACAUACGUGUCAGACAUAUAUGACGGCGCGAUUAGAGGAUAUGCGGCAUUGAUUCUUAAAAUCUUUACAGGGUUAGUCGACUUCAAUAUACAGUUUAUGUACUAAUACA